GUGGAAGUUCACACACAGCUGCGCAGAAGUAGGACCUCAGACGAAAGAGCUGCUUUUAAAGUGGAGUUAACAAGAGUAAUUAAAAAUGGGUCUUACUCUUCUCCUGUCAGUUGUUUUUCUCUCAGUGACACACGCCGACAUCAAUGGGCCGAGCGUGGCAUCUGGAACCGUGGGAGACAGCGUGAAAAUCACAUGCAAAUUCCACACGCAUUUCAGCAGCGAACAGAAGUACUGGUGCAAAGGAUACUAUCGACGAAGCUGUGUGAUUUUAGUUCAAACACAGGGCCCUGAGAGGAAAAGCAGAGAUGGCAGAAUAACGAUAACAGCUGAUAAUACAAAAGGAGAACUUACAAUCCGAAUGGGGAGUCUAACAAAAGCCGACAAGGGCUGGUAUUGGUGUGGAAUAGAAAGGUAUCACCUUUUGGACCCAUUAUAUCCUGUGGAGCUUAAUGUUCGUGAAGGUAAAAAGCUACUUCCUUUGGACAAAGAAAGACUAAGGUUUUUCUUAAUAAUCGGACUAGUCUUCGGAAUAUUAACGAUUAUGUUUAUCGGACUCCUGUUCCUGGUUAUCAGAAAAAUUAGAAAGAACAAAAAUAAUGGUGCGAGUGAACGUGUGGAUGGCUGUAAAGUGGAAUUUAAAGGAAUGCAGGAGAUUGAAGGUGAAGGGACAGAUAAGAAGGAAGGCGACUCAGCAAUAGAGAACUCUGUCCCGAAGUCAAACUCUAUGUUGGCCAAAGAGAUGGAAGCCGGAGUUACCUACGCCACCGUGGCAAUCCAGCAGAGCAACAACCACCAGGAAGACUCCGCCAUGUAUGAUAACGUCAACCCUUCCAAGAUUCAAGAAGAGAAAAAGCCGCCGGUUACCGAGCCUCCAAACGCAGAACCGAUAGAGUAUUCGACAAUUGCAUUCAAAAAGUAAAAUUCUUCCCAUGAUGUUCGAGCCGUUCUUUGCAGAACAACAUCCCUCCAAGUCAUAACUUAUUCCAUUUGGACACACGUGUCAUUUUGCACCUUGUGUUCAUCCACAGGUUAUAAUCCCACGUUAAAAACUGCUGGAAGAACUCAGCAAGCCAGCAACAUCUGUGAACGCAAAGGGAUGGCCGAUGUCUCUGAGCCAAAACAUCGACCAUGACUUUGUUUCUGCAGAUGUUGCUUGGCUCAUUUAUUUCUUCCAGGGGUUUUUUUUUUUGCUAAGGGGAAGUCAAAUGGAUCUCGGUUCUUUUCUUCACACAAAAUGAAAUGGAAAUAUGGGAUUUCCUCUCUCAAAUGUUUGCUGAGGUGCGCAUGGGCGUAGGGGAGGGAGGACAAUUGAAAAGUUUGCUAGGCUGGGGAAUCUGAUCUUCACCACCCAAGAUACUUCUAGAUACAAAUCAGCCACGAUCCAAUUGAACUGUAGAAGAGGCUCAAGGGGCCGAAUAGCUGUCUCUUCUAACCUAACCUGCCCAUUUAACCUAAGAUGUGACAUUUUAGUCAACUUCACUAAUAUCCUACUUAACUACACAGUCAUUCCCCAGCAAAAGAAAAAGUUUUAGACUUUAGAAAUACAGCGCAGAAACUGGCCCUUCGGCCCACCGAGUCCGUGCCGACCCGUACA